AUGAUGGCAUCGGUGGGCAAGAGCAAACAAGAAGCGGUCACGGAGCCAAAGAGCGGAUGCGCCCUCACGCGACAGGGAGGUUCCACUCGCCACACGACCGGCCGAGUUCCGCGCUUCCAGACCUUUCGCCUCUCAGCCAACCGGAAGCCCCCUCGCACAUCUCCGGAAGAUCCAAAUCUUGCAAAUUUCGAAAGAGUUACCCCUAUAUCUCUCUCGGCAACAUGGUCUUACGCGGGUUAUUCCAAUUGUGCAAGAAUUACUGCCUCAACUGCAACAUCCAUGGCAUGCGAUACUUGGCUGAGCCAGGCCGCCAUUGGUCGGAACGGUGACAGUGCUGUGAGCUUCAAUACGGAGACAGAAAGCAUUCGCUGGAACACUCCCUUCAUUGCAGUUAGUGUUUGCGAGUUCUCGAACAGUAAAGCCGACACAAACGAAUAUUUCCGGAAUUGGAUAACCAGCACUUUGGGGGGCCCACGUCUAAAUAUGAUAUCUAACGUGACUACUGGUCCAGGCACAUUAUCAAUCGAAAUGAAAGAGACGACAAAAGUCUUCACGCACAGCCCUGAUGAUGUACCUGACGUGGGAGCAGAUGAGACUGUCUUCAAUGACAUUACACAAAAAGAACAAACCCAAGUUGUUGGUGUAUCCAUUACGGAGAAGAAGAAGAAGAAGAAGAAGCAGAAGAAGCAGAAGAAGCAGAAGAAGCAGAAGAAGCAGAAGAAGCAGAAGAAGAAGAAGAAGAAGAAUGGAAUACAUUGUGUUUAUUAUUUUCUAGGCCAGUGCGAUACAGCCCUAUUAUUCUUUUUGUUGGCACUUGCCCUUCUUACUGGAGAGAAAAUAAUAGUUAAACAUUUGGAAAAAAUCACUGUGAACGACCCGUCGGUUCGGGAAGCGACUCUAGAGCAGCGCCAGUGCCGGUUCUCAGACGAGAACACGCUCUACAUGUACGACAAAUACAGCUUCAAGGGCUGCAUCAUCGAAUGUCGCAAGCGGCACCACAUGCGCGAAUGCAACUGCACGUCACACUUGAUGCCUCACGUCAAGCCGGAGGAAGCGUGUGACAUG